AUGUCGGCAAAAUCCAUUAGAGAGUUUGAUGGUAAGGCUGUUUUGGCCUAUUGGUUGAACAAGUCUCCUAGCAUUUCUAAAGAAGCAUACAAAACUCCUUCUACCAAUCCAGAUACUCGUCUCGCUCAUAUUCAAUUUCCACUACCUAAUAGUGAAGCUCCCGCUAACUCAUCUACUUACAAACAAGUUGUUGAGGAUGUCUUUGCUGAAGUAGCUCGUCAACACCCUUGGGUCCUUACAUCAAAGCUUGUUGCAAAGCCAGACCAGCUAAUUAAACGUCGUGGUAAAACUGGACUUUUGAAAUUAAAUGCUACUUGGGAUGAAGCUAAAGAGUGGAUUCGUGAACGUGCUGGUCAACCACAGCAAGUCCAACACGCUGUUGGCCUUUUAAUUACUUUUUUGGUAGAGCCUUUUGUCCCUCAUUCCUCCGAUGCAGAGUAUUACAUCAACAUUAACUCUGUACGUGAAGGAGAUUGGAUAUUGUUUUGCAAUGAAGGUGGUGUUGACGUUGGUGAUGUCGACGCAAAGGCUAAAAAGAUUUUGAUCCCUGUACGUCUCGAGAACUUCCCUUCUCGUAGUGAAAUUUCCAAUACUCUUCUUUCAGACAUUCCAGAGAAGCAACAUGACUCCCUAGUCGAUUUCAUCAUUCGUCUAUAUUCGGUUUAUGUUGACUGUCAAUUCACGUACUUGGAGAUCAAUCCUUUGGUUGUUAUUCCUAACGGUUCUGGUGCUGAUGUGUACUAUUUGGAUCUUGCUGCAAAGCUUGACCAAACUGCCGAUUUUGAAUGUGGUUCAAAGUGGGCUGUUGCUCGUACUGCUGAAGCUUUGGGCAUUAAAUCCGAAAAUGAAGACGAUUCUAAACCUAUUACAGCUGACUAUGGUCCACCCAUGGCUUUUCCAGCUCCAUUUGGUCGCGAUUUGAGUAAAGAGGAAGCUUAUGUUCAAGAACUCGAUGCCAAGACCGGUGCUUCUCUGAAGUUAACCAUAAUGAAUCCCAAUGGCCGUGUUUGGAACCUUGUUGCCGGUGGUGGUGCCUCAGUGGUUUAUGCUGAUGCCGUUGCUGUUAAUGGUGCUGCAGACGAAUUAGCAAAUUACGGUGAAUACAGUGGUGCUCCUACGGAUGGUCAAACUUACGAAUAUGCCAAGACAGUUUUGGAUUUGAUGACCCGUGGCAAGCCCCGUCCCGACGGUAAAAUUCUUUUUAUUGGUGGUGGUAUUGCAAACUUCACUUCCCCUGCUGUAACAUUCCGUGCCAUUUCUCGUGCUUUGGGAGAAUUCAAAGACAAGUUGCUUGAACACAAAGUUUCAGUUUGGGUUCGUCGUGCUGGCCCCAACUACCAAGAAGGUCUCCGCGUCAUUCGCGAGGCUGGCGAAAAGUACAAUCUUUCCUUGAAGGUGUACGGUCCAGAAUGCCACAUCAGCGGUAUUGUCCCAAUGGGUUUAGGUAAGGCACCUGUAGCGCCAGAAUGGCAAAUGGCCUAA